UCUGGUGGCUGUGUAGUGUCCAGCCUCUGCAUGUCGGCGGAGCUUGGGUGACGAAAAACGGCAGGACAGCGACAUUUCCCGGGAACGGCCUUUCCACUUGUAGCUGAAGGUGGCUUGAAAGAGGGAUAGCUGUUUGUGGUGUAUAAACUUGGCCCGCUUUUGCUGCUGGUGAACAGAUGUUGCAAGUUUUGUAUUGUUAAAGAAUUCACACUGUCUGUUGGAUGCCAGAUGACACCAGGAAAAAAGAAAGAUGCAUCUACACCAUAAGAAGCUGAGCCUCACUCAACCCAUUUAAAAUUGGCUAAAGAUCUGUUGGCUACCUCCAGCCAUUUAAAGUUUCACAAGCUAUAGAGACUUUUAACGAGUGCCUAAUGGAAGAUGUUAUCUGGGCUUACAGAAGAACAGAAAAGGAAGAUUGAGGAGAACAGGCAGAAGGCUUUGGCAAGGCGAGCCGAGCGACUGGCAGCUCAGCAGGGCAGUGUUGCUAAGAAGCGGCCUGAUCUGCAGAGUCUUGCUAGGUGUCAAGCAAACCUGCUGCAGCCUUUGAGGAAGGAAAGCCACCACACCAGCCUCAGUGACCAUCACUUCCAGAUCUCCAGCAACCAUGUGGGGAAGAAGAGUCUUCAGAUGCCACACAGUUUCUGUAGUGCACAUCCACAGACAGCCCCUUUGUCUGGUGCCCAAGACAACGAUUGUUCAGAGGGUCCCAGCCACCAUGCCAGGCAGCUGAAUAGCACUAAGCAGCCCUCACCAGGGGUGCAAGACUCUUUGAUUCACUCUCACUGGCAUCCUUCUGAUCCGAGUGCUCGGGAGCAAGGUCCACCUAUCCAGCAUAAUUGUAAUGUGUUGCAGCCACCUAAGUGUUGCACAGCAGUCCAGACCCUUGUGGAACAGCAUCCAUCUAUACUAGAUGCUAACAGGAAUCCUCACAAGGUUAAAGAUUUGCAAGCUCAGAACAAAUCCACCAGGGAGCAUAGUGACAUUAAACAUAUGCCUCCACAGGAACUCAUCCAUACUGCCUUCGCUGAUUGUGAAAUGCAGGCAAAUAUCAGCAGUCAAGCCUGCAAACAAUUUGCCAAGAAAGAAGGGAGUAGCACACUGCAGUUUUAUGGCACAAAAAACCCUUUAGCUCCUGUAAAAGUGAGCAGUGAAGCAAAAUCACUUGGUUCUAGGGGUGGAGGCAACAUAUCCGAGUCACCUGUGCAGAGAAAAGCAUGCAGUGUCCUCAAAGGGAAAUGUGUGAAGCACUCUGAUGACCGAUUCCGUGUUGAAAUUGGAUACAAUGCAGAACUUAUUGAAAUGUUCAGGAAUUUACCAAGCAAAAACUAUGAUCCUGCAACAAAGAUUUGGAAUUUCAGUCUCGAAGACUAUAGCCAUCUCAUGGAAGCAGCAAAGCAACUUCCCUCUGUGAUUUUGACACCUCUGUUGGGAAUGGAGGCAACCACUGGGGCCACUGAGUCAUCUCCUGCUGGUAGAAGUUCUCGCUUGCGAUCCCUCUUGCAGACAGGCAUUGGCUGGCAGAAACCAUCAGCAACCAUCAGAGGGAAGUGUGUGCUGAUUUCGUACUCUCGGUUUGAAGUAGAUAUUGGCUAUGCUGCCAGCGUCAUAGGGGCAUUCAAGCAGUUGAAUUCUAGGAAUUAUGAUAUGAACACCAGAAAAUGGAGUUUUCUACUGGAGGACUACCUAAAACUAAUCGAACUGGUAAGGAGCUUUCCAGAAGUAGAGGUAGAGCCACUGCCCAAGCCAAUAGUUCAAGCCUUUGCUGCUCAGUUCGUGACAUCCGUUUCAAAGGCUGCAGACAUCCCUGAAGCAAAUCUUUCCGGAGUGGAACCUAAAGUUGUGACAAGCCUCAUGCCAUUUCAGAGGGAAGGUGUGAAUUUUGCCAUCUCCAGAGAAGGCCGCUUGCUACUAGCAGAUGACAUGGGCUUAGGAAAAACUAUCCAGGCAAUUUGCAUCGCUGCAUAUUAUCGAAAAGAGUGGCCGCUGCUGGUGGUAGCUCCUUCCUCAGUGAGAUAUACAUGGGCAGAGGCUUUCCACAGGUGGCUUCCUUCCUUAAGCCCCGAUAACGUCAGAGUCAUAGCAACAGGCAAGGACUGCCUAACGGCAGGAUUGAUAAACAUUGUCAGUUUUGACCUUCUCAGCAAGAUGGAGAAGCAGCUCAAAACCACCUUCCAAGUUGUGAUUGUUGAUGAAUCUCAUUUUCUUAAGAAUGGGAAAACUGCUCGAUGCCGGGCUGCAAUGCCUCUCCUGAAGGCUGCCAAACGAGUAAUCUUGCUAUCAGGGACCCCUGCCAUGUCCCGCCCUGCGGAGCUGUAUACACAGAUUGUGGCUGUCAGACCAUCCUUCUUCUCUCAGUUUCAUGCCUUUGGGCUCCGCUACUGUGAUGCUAAGCAGCGACCUUGGGGGUGGGAUUAUUCUGGAUCAUCCAACCUUGGCGAGCUGAAACUCUUGCUGGAAGAAUCCAUUAUGAUCCGGCGCCUGAAAUCGGAUGUGCUUUCCCAGCUUCCCACAAAGCAACGCAAAGUAGUGGUGGUGUCUCCUGAGGGCAUUAAUGCAAGGACCAAGGCUGUGUUGACAGCAGCUGCAAAGGAAAUGGCAAAGGGUUAUAAGAGUAAAAAAGAAGAGAAGGAAGCGCUCAUUCUCUUUUACAAUAGGACUGCAGAAGCCAAAAUCCACUGCAUCAUAGAAUAUAUCCUAGAUUUAUUGGAGAGUGGAAGAAAGAAAUUUCUUGUAUUUGCUCAUCACAAACUAAUUCUGGAUGCCAUCACUGAGGAGCUUGAGAAAAAGCACCUUGGGUACAUUCGUAUUGAUGGCUCCACACCUUCAGCUGAACGUCAGUCUCUUUGCCAAGAGUUUCAGUUCUCCGAGAAGCACUCUGUGGGUGUCCUCUCCCUAACAGCAGCAAACAUGGGGCUGACCCUCUCAGCUGCUGAUUUGGUGGUGUUUGCUGAGUUGUUCUGGAACCCCGGGGUUUUGAUCCAAGCAGAAGAUCGGGCGCACCGAAUUGGGCAAACCAGUUCUGUGAACAUCCACUACUUGGUAGCAAAAGGCACAGCUGAUGAUUACUUGUGGCCUAUGAUUCAAGAGAAGAUCAGAGUAUUAGGUGAAGCUGGCCUGUCUGAAGCCAAGUUUUCUGAGACAGCUGAAGCCACAGAUUACUACUACUGCAAGCAGGACCCAAAGCAGCAGACGAUCUUAAACCUUUUCCAGAGGACCUUUUCAGAGGAUGCAGAUGACAUGGAUGAAGCCCUGCUUGUGGAAGCAUUGGAUGCAUGUGAAGAUUCUGGACAACGAGAUUCAUCGGUUGAAGGAGAAGGAAACCUCUUCCAAUCAAGCUCAUGCAAGAAAAGGCAUAUUGAUGACUUUUUUUGCGGACAGUAAUGCAGACAAUUAUGCUUAUUUUUUAUUAUUAUUUAAGGGGGGGGGGAAAUCAGUAUAUUCAGUAAAUGUGGUUGUUCAAAUAAACUUAAUAUCUAUUUUUGAAGUGUU